AAUGCUUUUAAAAUCAUUUUUGUUAUAGCUAUUGUAAAGCCAGUAUAUGAAAAUUAAACGUUUUUUCUGUAGAGACCAGAGUCUAAAAAAUUGGCAGAAAACUAGUUUUUUCGACUGAUUAAACAAUUGUGGGCGGCUAUAAGUCUCUUGCCAGAGUAAUAAAUCUCAGCAGUCGCGUAUAUCUGCAUGUAUUUUGUGGCUUUUUCUCGUUGGUAACAAGUUGGUUUUAGAGACAAUUAAUAAAACUGGUUGAAAAGUGAGACAUAGCCAGCUGUGAGAAUGAAGCCAGGUAACUUUCUGGCACUCUGUGGCGUGGCCUUAGCUAUUGCGACCCUGCAGAUCGCCGAUGCAGAACUUCAAUUGGCCUUUAUGAACGAUUACAAUGCGUACAAGUUCUACUUGAUGUAUGAUACUGGAUCCGCACCAACAAGUAUUGAGUACAAAAUCACUGUUACCAGCGGAGACCUGACUACCUUCGUGUCUCUAAGCAGCAACACUAGCGAUCCCAACUACUUUACAUGCGGGGGCACAUCAGCAACGAUUGUGUUCAAAAUCUGUACGGCAGUGAUUGGCGAUCUGGCAGACUGGAGGUUCCAGCAACUCCCCGACGUGUCUGUUGUCUUCAGUGAAAAUGGCAGCACUAACGAAUUCCAAGCCGACUACUUCGGCCGAAACAUGGAAUUUGUGCCACUUGACAGCGGCGCAGCUCGACAAGUGAAUACAGGGACAUACCCAAGUUGGACUGCACUUAGCCCCACUUUCGGAUUGACGGGAACAUUGGAUUUUAAUGCUAUCGGAUACGACACGAUUCCCACUACUUAUCAACCAUCUUCCAGUAACGGGCAAUUGGUACAAGUUACAAUCAACUAUGAAGGAGUUGUGGGCACAAUUUCAGCAGGAACGAGCACUGUGGGAAAUCAGGGCAGCCUGGCGAAUUUAAACAAUCCGAGCUCAAUUACCUUGUUCUACGGGUCUCAAGGUGGUCAGUUGUGUGGUUUGCAGUUCAACACUGAAGCCUCAAUAGGUUGCAGCACUGUCUCAGAGCGGUACUCAAUCAGUUCGGGGUACCAGUUCGCGGGUUUCAUUUCUCUGCGAAGUGGCGUGAAUUAUCUCCUUGUUCCCAUUCAAUACCAGCUGUUGAAAGCGAGCGUGGCGUACUACCGUAACAAAGAUUCUUCGAGCUCCGACUUCUUUUUCAAAAUUCACUGGCGAGCUACAAGUAUCACCGUCACAUACGAAAUCCUGGACGCACGUGAUAACGCUGGUGACCCCGCGUAUACAACUUACUUCUUAUCAGGAACCUUCGCAAACACCGAUGUGGUAGUAGAGAUAGACUUGUUGUCAGAUGAUGGUCAGGGUAAUUCCAUGAAUAGAGCAUGCACAAACAUCCUCAUCAACGAUAUGGACACCAACGCAGAGAGCAUUCAAUCCAACCGGGAAUACAGCACAACCAGCUCUUUUUCAGCUUGGACAAGUGGGUACACUGAGUCUGAUCUGGAGUCUUGGACAAGGUCUGGAUUGACCCGAAACGCUAACGACGACGUAUUCACUACCGCGCUACCUGUUGCUAUGAGUGCUGCGAAUUUCAACGGUGGAGGACAGUGCACUUUCGAUUUCCUAGAAACUCUUGAGUUGGGAUUCUCAAGCAAUCUUUUGUAUGUCAAUGGAGCCUGGCUUGGACCGGACCAGGGCGCCGCUCCUUCGUUAACAGAUUUGUCAACUCGAACCAACUCCAUCACUGCUGUGGUUGUUUAUUAUGACGCUCAAGGCGUAGUUGGGUUCGUUUUUUCGUUGGGAGGUGGAAACACGGCCACAUUGGGAACUACGAGCACAGCAGGAGGAGUUCUCACGCAAACUAUUCAACCAACAGGCGGCGUCCAAGGAUACGUCAGCUACAUGGACGUUGUCAUUCAAAAUUCGAGAAUCAUUGGAGUCGACGUCUCCUUUCAACCUUCUGAGGAAGAUGACGGCGACAAGCAGGAGAUCCGAUUCUGGAUGCCGUACGAUUCGUCGUCCUCGAAUUCGGUCACCUUGAGUAUCAGCGGGUUCCUCGGACUGUCUUUCGAUGAUUCCACCACCCUGUCCCUCUCAGGAGCUUCAAACUCUUUCAGUAGAGCAAUGUCUUACAGUGCUGUGGUGUACUUCUUGGUGGCUCAGACCGACUAUAGCUUCGGUUUGGGUGGAACUAGCUCGGAAAUUCUUCCGAGUGGUGCGUCUGUAAUGCCAGUAGCUGAAACCUACAGUUUCGACACUCCAAACGGAGCCCGUCUACGAUGCGAGACUAAUGGUUUGAUGGUCUACCAGAUUGAGUACGAGGCUGUUCCAGACGUCCAAACCUACCAAUUGUCAGUGAGUGAAUCUCUUUCGACUCCACCCAACAGCGCUAUUACUGCUUCCUCCAGCAACACCAAUGACUUGUACCCGACCGACAGCAGCACCCAAAGAGUAUUCCACUACUCGUCUGGCAACCAGUUUCCAAUUGUGAACGAGUUCCGAGGGUACCCAAUUGGGAUCGAGGUUUACGACAUCGGAAAUGGCUACAUCGAGGGGUUCAAAGUCAUCUACCAAGCAGAGAUCUCUACCGAAGAGAUAGAGUUCGAGCUCGCCGGAAGCCAAGCCCAAGACUCGGGUGCUGGCGGCUACUCUAUGACGUCGGUGGAUCUGCAGACCCUGGGCAUCACAAUAACUGGAUUCAACUAUGCGGCAAGCAACGCCAGAUUGAGUGGAAUACAGUUUCUAGACGAGAACGACAAUACAGUUGGCGACUGUUUCGGUCCAGCUGCUUCGUGCAACUUGGUCGGACCCCGCCAGGCGGAUUUGACCACCAGCUUCGGCACUAAUGCAGAGUACUUCAUCUCUGGGUUUACUUUGACAUUGGAUUCUCAAAAUGACGGCAUCUACGGCAUCAGCGCCACGUACACAUAUGUUGACAUGCCAACUUUGCUGAAUUCGGACCGGGUAUGUGAAUUGACUCCUCAUUACGAUUUAUACUAUUUGCGCAACACCGCCUGGACUUUCCAACUUAACCUUGAUCCGAACAACGGUAUCUGUGGAACACUUCAAUCUAUCGACAACGACGGAGACCUGGGCGACAUUCCCACUGUCCGAGAUGAUGAGCUUCCUCCCUUCUUCGACCAUGCCACAGUGUACUGGCAGGUGGUGACCCGAGAACGCGACGACGGAGCCGGAGGAGGAGUCGGCGGAACUUUCAAUGGACAAAACGGAGCAGUGAUCAGUCGCGCUGGAUCCGCAUGGGAAGCGUCUGCUUUCUGCUACUACAACGCCUCAGACAUCGUCUCGUCUGAGUUCUCAGUCACAGCGGAGCCGGGCAUCUCCGCAAGCGGAAAGAACGAGUUCACUUACAAAAUGGAGGUUGCCAGGAGCAGUGACUUCUCCAGCUUCUACACUGGCAACGAGGUGCCGACAACUAUACUCAACUCGGACUUGAAUGUUCGGGUCACUUUCCAAGACGACACUCUUGUGAACGGAUACACUGUCGUGACGAGCGACUGCUGGGCUACCCAGACUUCGGACCCCGACGACCCUACCCGAUUUGCACUCGAAACCGACUUUUGUUCUGAUACUGACUCCACGUUCCAGCGAGUAGCCAGCCCCUCUGUUGACAUGGAGUAUUUCCAGUUCAUGGCAUUUGGAUGGUAUCUUAAUGGUGCAGUCACCACCAACACCGUCUACCUGCACUGCACUGUACUCGCCUGUCCCCCCGAAGACACCACAGCCUGCGAUCUCCCAACUUGCACUACAAAACGACAGCGACGUGCACUUGGCGCACUGGAGAAUCAUCAGUCGGCUGCUCUGAGGUCUGAACAAGAGGCCAAACUGGUGACCUCUCCCCCCAUUGUGGUGAUGAGGAGGGAAGUGGAGGAGCUGCAGAUCGCGAGGAGUCCCAUCAACAACAACUACUCCCCCUUCACCACUGCCCUGGCCUGUGUCUUCACUGUGGGGGCUAUGCUGUCUCUGAUCGUGGUGGGGGGACUGUUCUUGUGUCGACGAAACAAGAUCCAAGCCAACUACCAAAGACUGAGCAGCGGUCCCUCCGAUAAUUUCGGAAUCUAGACUUGAGGAGAUGACGUCAUCACACGACUAACUCCGAAGCGAGUCCUCUGAAGUGUACAUAGACAUACAAUUUGAUUUUAUAAGAGAAGAAAACGAUCUAGUUGAAUAUUUCCACUCCUUGCAGAAGAAAACGGAGAAAAACGAGCUCAUUUUUUGAAACAUAUUCCGAAUUUUAAAGUCGUAAACAACAAAAUAUUUUCGUAAUAAUGGAAAUAUUUAACUAGGUCACAAAAAAGUAACGCUGUUGUAUAGAACCAACUACAAUUAUAUGAUAUCUAUCAUUCGGAAACUACUCAUCAUUUCGACAUUUCGAAAUUUACAAGAGUGAAGGUCUCGAUUAUUUUUUACCUGCUUUGUAAAUAUCAAAAAUAAAGCUUUCAUUGCUG